AUGCUGCCGGCUGCGCGUCGUCUCGUCUUUUCCAUCCUCUUCGUCGCCGUGGUCCUCGCAAAGACGGUGCAUCUUUACGUCAACGCCCACUUUUUCCCCUGGGCCACGUUCCUCGUCUGCGUCCCCUUCUUCCUGGCCCCCGACCUGCUUGUCCUGUCCUUCGUCUGGUCCCUUCUGCAGCACAAACGAGGCCGACUUUCCCAGCUGUGUGCGGCCGUCUCGUGCCUCAUCAGCAUCCCGACGUGUAUCGCCGCAUCGGCGCUCGUCAGCUUCUUCUGCGAGUCGGGAGUAGAAAUCCGAUGGGCCGAUGCCGCCUCGGUCGCCUUUGACGCGGGCGCCAGGAAGGUCGCCUCGAGCGGGACGACCAACGCGCUGAUGGCCUGCACCGCCAUAUUGGUCGUCGCCUUCUUCAUCCAGGAUGUGCUUCACCGCGCCGUGGGGGCCAUCUGGUACCACGUGUGGCUUCAGCUGAAUCUAGGCAAGUCGCCGGGCUCCGUCUGA